CGGGGAGCUAACGGCCCGCCAGCCCCGUGGAGGUUCUAGCGCCAGCGCUGUUCUCAGGGACGUGACAUCUCUCUGUGAGAUAGAAGCUCUUUGCCGUCAGAGUUGUCUCGUAGGAGAUAAAACCGGAGGAGGUGAAGGAACCUUUCAAAGGUGCCACCGGCAGAGAAAUCAUUUGCCUCCUCUCCAAGAUGUACAGAACCAAAGUGGGCCUGAAGGACCGGCAGCAGCUCUACAAGCUGAUCAUCAGCCAGCUGCUCUAUGACGGCUACAUCAGCAUCGCUAACGGGCUCAUCAAUGAGAUCAAGCCUCAGUCCGUGUGCGCGCCCUCAGAGCAGCUGCUGCACCUCAUCAAGCUAGGAAUGGAAAAUGAUGAUACUGCAGUUCAGUACGCAAUUGGUCGUUCAGACACCGUUGCCCCGGGCACGGGGAUUGACCUGGAGUUCGAUGCCGAUGUCCAGACCAUGUCUCCGGAGGCCUCGGAGUACGAGACCUGCUAUGUCACAUCCCACAAAGGGCCAUGCCGAGUAGCUACCUAUAGUAGAGACGGGCAGCUAAUAGCUACUGGGUCUGCUGACGCCUCCAUAAAGAUACUCGACACAGAAAGAAUGUUGGCCAAAAGUGCCAUGCCAAUAGAGGUUAUGAUGAAUGAGACUGCACAGCAGAAUAUGGAGAACCACCCGGUGAUUCGGACUCUUUAUGACCACGUGGACGAAGUCACAUGUCUCGCUUUCCACCCAACAGAACAGAUCCUUGCCUCUGGUUCAAGGGAUUAUACUCUUAAAUUAUUUGAUUAUUCCAAACCAUCUGCUAAAAGAGCCUUCAAGUACAUUCAGGAAGCUGAAAUGUUGCGCUCCAUCUCUUUCCACCCUUCCGGAGACUUCAUCCUGGUCGGGACUCAGCACCCCACUCUUCGGCUCUACGACAUCAACACGUUUCAGUGUUUCGUCUCCUGCAACCCUCAGGAUCAGCACACGGACGCCAUAUGUUCCGUCAGUUACAACCCCAGCGCCAAUAUGUACGUGACUGGUAGCAAGGACGGCUGCAUCAAGCUGUGGGACGGCGUCUCGAAUCGCUGCAUCACGACUUUUGAGAAAGCGCACGAUGGUGCUGAAGUUUGUUCUGCCAUUUUUUCCAAAAAUUCUAAAUACAUUCUUUCGAGUGGAAAAGACUCUGUAGCUAAACUUUGGGAAAUAUCAACAGGACGAACGCUGGUCAGAUACACGGGUGCUGGCUUGAGCGGGCGGCAAGUGCACCGGACACAGGCCGUCUUCAACCACACGGAGGACUACGUCCUGCUUCCGGACGAGAGGACCAUCAGCCUGUGCUGCUGGGACUCGCGCACGGCCGAGCGCCGGAACCUGCUGUCCCUGGGCCACAACAACAUCGUGCGCUGCAUCGUGCACUCGCCCACCAACCCCGGCUUCAUGACGUGCAGCGAUGACUUCAGAGCCAGGUUCUGGUACCGGAGGUCGACCACGGACUAGAGCCCUACCCUCCGUGCGGUUCUUCUCUCCGGGACUCUGCCCCUCCCUCCCCUGUGUCCUGUCACCGGCCUCGGUAGCAAGUCAUUGUGCCACCUUUGGCAGUCAGGCUGCCACCUCUACAGCCUUCUUGGAUUUGUACAAAAGGAUCUUUUUUUACCUUGAUGCGGAAUCAUGGUGGAAAAAGUGGGAAGCACAGAUCUGUGCAGUUCUGCAUUCACUGAUGAUUAUAGUGCGAUUCUCAUCAGCUGUGUAAAUACAGGACUUGCCAUUUCUCUGACUCUCUUGAUCACAUGAAGAAGGAUAGAGUGAGUAUUAAAGUGCUUUCCAGGUCUCAGGUGGAUGUCACGAGCACUUCUCAUUGGCUCCCUUUGUCUGUCCCGUGCCUAUUCCACAUCCUCUGAAUGUUUCUGUUCAAAAUGCAUUUUGGCAGAGAAGUAGGCAUACUGCCUGAGAAUCAAGAGUUUUGUGCCCUAUUAAAACCAUUUUAGAGAAUCAAUUCUACUCUGAAAUGACAUCCUGAUAAUAAAGCUCAGAUCUGCAACGUUGCUGUUAACACAUUUUUCACGUCAAUAAAAUUAAUGGCUAUUUUUCUGAAGAUUUAUAGGAGCCAUCUUUCAUCAUACCUCCCGCAGUAUCUAUUCAUUACCUUCAGUAAGUGUGUUUCUGAUAAGGUUUUCCCCGUUGGAUGAGAAACAAAUUUGGAAAUUAUAUCCUGUCUUAACAAAAUUGGGUGAGCCCGCUGCUGCCUCUUACGUAAUUUUAAAUCCUAUUUUUCAGCACAAACCUUAACUACUCAUCGGGACACGCACAGAGACUGUGUUCGCAGAAGAUUUUUGCAAUUAACCAAUUUAUACGAGUUUUCUUUUUCUUGAAAUUUUUUAGAAGGUGACAGUACUUCUCUGGAUUCGGCUCAGGCUGGGUCAGAGAACCCUACGCUCUCCUCACAAAGAACUUUGGUUUAUAUUUAUCCCCAUGUACAAAUACCUCAUGAUCUGGGUAGCAGUACCUAGAAAUAUAAUCUGGGAAUAUUGGAUUAAAAAAUAAUAAAUAGAUUAAAGUAAUUGUUUUAUGUUACAGGAAUUUUAAAGUUUUAAAAUUCUGAAGUUUAUUGCAUAAAAAUUCUGCUUUAGUCAUCUUUAAGGAUGAUUUUAAUUCUUUGAUCUAUAAAACAAUUUUAAGCAUUUUUAAUGUGUUAAACCACAGCGUAUUUGGUUCAGAUUUACAGAGACCUGUUUUUUGCUACGUAGUGAGUAAAUUUAUUUUUAUUUUGUGUCCUGAUUCCCUAGUAUUUGAACUAGGCCUUCUAUGGAUGCUGAUUUUAUAAGAUUUAAAAGAAACCACCCUGGCCAAUGUGGCUCAGUUGAUUGGAGCGUAGUCCUAUAAACAGAAGGGUUGUGAGUUCAAUUCCCAGUCAGAACACAUACCUAGGUUGCGGUUGAGUCCCUGGUCGGGUAUAUACAAGAGGCAACCCAUCUCUAUUUUUCUCUGGCAUGGAUGUUUCUCUCCUCUCUCCCCCUCUCUCCAAAAUCAAUAAGCAUGUCCUCAGCGAGGAUAAAAAAAAAUAAAAGAUUAAAAGAAACCAGUUCUAGCAAAAAGGUUACCAAACAUGACUUCCCACUUACUCUGAUUUUUCUUUACUUCCAACCCCUGAAGCCGAGGGAGAGGGCGGUGUCCCCGUGGUGGUCUGCCCCGGCACACGCAGGAGGGCGGCGCCCGCGCUGCGCUCUGUGAGUCCGCUCAGGCUUUUUACGUGCUCAUGAAUUAAAAGACUAACAGCUGCUUUCUCCAGUUUGGGAACAGUCUCGGCGAUGGAUCUGUCGUUUCAGGACUUCUAUUUAUAGGAUCAAAAUACUGUUGUGUGUUUCCAAAAUGAACUUUUUUAACUUCUUUUAAAAAUUACAUUAAUGUUCAAAAACUGGUAUAAAUGCCAGAAGUAUUACAUGCACGUAAUUAAUUGUACCACAUAACAUCUUGACAUUCAAAUGGUUAAUAAUACCGAGUCCGGAUAAAAACUCAGAACUGCUAUGUUAUUUUUU